AUCGUUGUCGCUUUAUUACAGUUCGCGGCCUCUCGUUCUUCGUUUUGUUAUUUCCAUCAAGUGGAAGCUUAGUGUGACAGAAAAAGCUGCAUGUAGCUUUGGUUCGUGUUUUACGUACUCGUAUAGCCGGCGUUUGUGAUCGUUUUCUGAUGAGAAUUUUCGUCAACGUGGUGCCAAUUUUUUUCUUAUUGUAAUUUUUUUUUAUUAUUAAUUUUAAUUGUUUUAUUCGUCGAGUAGUGUUUCGAAAAUAGUGUUCCUAUUACUGUGGUGUUUUUUUUCUCAAACCAAAACUUUGGCGCGUUUUUCUACGUCGUACAUUUCAAGUGUGUGUUUGUUCAUCGAAUGGAUUCAAAAAUGAGGAGUAUUCUUGGAAUUUAUUGUCUGAUACUUUAUACAGUUGCUGUAUUCAGUGCCGAGAUCUCAAUCAAACCGAUCGAAAAAAGACAGCUGAAAGCUUUAGGACAAGAUCAUGUGUUCACUUGUGUAAUAACCGGCGACCGAAGUAAUAUAGCGAAUUUUAGAUGGAUAGAUCCUCGUGGAAAUCAAAUAGAUGCGAAUUACAGGAAAGCGAAUCCGAGGAUUUUUUCGCCGUCUAUAAGCAGCUCCGGAACUCAGCUGCAGUUACUCAUUAAUAAAUUGACCAAAGAAGACGGAGGCCAGUAUUCUUGCCGAGCUGAUUAUGGCGCCGAGGCUUUGGUGGCUAAUGUUACCGUUGACCCAUAUCAAACAAUUACUUUCACGAAUGCACCGACCGAUCAAUCGGCGCAAAUUGGAACCAGAUACAAAGUCAAAUGCCAAGUCGAAGCUAUGCCCCCGCCAACGGUCGAGUGGACCAGGAACAACAUGAAAUUGCAAAACAAUCAGCUAUACGUUUUGGAAGCCGACGGUCUCGUUAUUAAUAAUGUCGCCGAAUCGGACGAUGGAGAAUACCGAUGCGAAGUUAUGGUCAUCGAUACCGGCGAAGUGAAGAGUAGAGUUAUCAAUUUAGAGGUCGUCGCUCCACCUAAAAUAACCAACAAUCGCGAUAUUAUAUGGGUAACCGAAGGAGAAAAAGCUCAAAUUGUUUGUAACGCAACUGGAAAACCGAAACCUACGAUUACAUGGACGAAAGCGAAUACGAAACAAGAAGUCUCGAAAGGAACCGACGGAAUUUUAUAUAUUGAAAAAGUCAUCAGAGACGAUACUACCGAUUACGACUGUAAAGCUGAGAAUAAAGCCGGAGAACAAAUAUAUCAUUUUCAUUUAAGCGUCAGAUCUAAACCAGAAGUAUUCGAUGUAAAGAAUGGCACCUCUCGUGUUGGUGAAUUUGGUCAAAUCCAAUGUCACGUGUACGGUAACCCGAAACCUUCGGUUAUUAUUCGUAAAUUCUCCGCUCCACGAACGACUAGAAGCGCAGAAGAAUUACGUACGAUUGUCGAAACCAUUGAUCAUCCUACCAGAAAACACUCGGUUAUCGCUACUAUGAAUUUUACCAAAGUUGAACUCAUCGAUGACGGAUUAUACGAAUGUGCAGCUCAAAAUGACGUUGGCACCAGCGUUCGCAGCGUACAUUUGACUGUCCAAUACCCUCCAAUCAUAGAUCCGGCUGUUAAUAUUAAUCAGACGUUCAGCUGGGACAGAAGACCCGUUAAUUUGACUUGUGUCGCCGAAGCUAUUCCAAAUGCCACCAUCGCUUGGUACUUUAACAACAGAAUUAUCGAAAGAAACGAUCAAACUUAUCGUAUUUACGGAAAAGGGUCUCCUUCUACGUUACAAGUCACUCCUUUAGAUAGAUCAGCCUACGGAAUUUACAAAUGCAGAGCUGAUAAUGAACUUGGCCAAAAGGAAUGGACUAUCAAUUUGAAAGAAGCGUUCCCUCCUCAACCUGUAGACAAUUUCGAAGUCAACACGACAACUGCUACUAGCAUCACUUUCAAAAUCCAAGAUCCGAUGGAAACUGGAGGAUUACCGGUCAAAGGCUACGUUGUUCAAUACAUAACGGAACCGCAACAAUGGAACGAAGCUUCAAACGAAACCUGGGCUCGUGGCGCUUUAUACUCGAUCCAUGAUUUAUUACCAGCUAGAAGAUACACGUUCCGUUUCGCAGCUAUUAACGAAGUAGGUUUGAGCAGAUGGGGUAAACAGGAAACCAGACAGAUGCCCGAUCAAUCUCCGCCCAGCGAACCGAUCAUAACGAACGCCAUCGACGACGGAGCUAAAUUCAUUAAAUUAGACACCGCCAAACAAUUUGAACUUAAAUGGAAAAUUCCAUCCAGUAACGGACUCGAUAUCGACAGCUACAUGUUGAGAUACUGCGUUGCUUCCGAAGAUGAAAAAAAUGAUUUGUUCCCAAUUACUUCGGCGUGUGUUGAAAAAACGUUGGGCGUUAAUGAAGUACUAUCGUCGUACACAAUUAAAGACUUAACUCCCGAUACUUAUUACGUGGUGCAGUUAAGAGCCCACAAUGGUAUGGGAGACGGACCCCAUAGCGAAAAAUAUUUCAAAACAAGCAAUGUUGAUUCAAUUGCUACAACUGUUUCAACCGAACCAGUUCCAGCUGGAGAAACGCGAAUGAGCAGCGCUGUGCUCAUUUACAUCGUAGUAGCUAUUUUAAUAGCCGUUUUAGUCAUCGUCGAUGUUUUCUGUUUCUUCUUCGGAAAAACUGGUGUUCUUUACCUAAUCUGUGGAGCUUGUUGUGGCAAAAAGAAUAAGAAUUCCGAUGAUAAAUUAGGAAGGUCUCAGUCUUCCGUAAUGCUUGUACCCACAAACUAUGUCACAGUUAUGACAUUAUUAAGUGAUUCCGAAACGAAAGAUUUGAUCUCAAAUGGACAUAAGAAAAUUGAUAUCGAAGAACAGGCGCCAAUGAUCAACAAUACCGAUGGGUCCAAAAAAGACACAGCUGUCGAAUACGACGUGAAAAAAGGCACAUCGCGAACAGGUUUUGUCGGCAAAGACUCAGCAGUGUAGAAAAUAAGAACGACGUGAAGAGAAUUAAUAUCAUAGAUACUCGACUUUUACUUUUGUUUGAAAUUUUUUUCUUUUAUCUUUUUUCUUUUUUAAAUCAUCAUUUUACUGAAUAUCAGUACGUACUUUUUUUUGUUUUGUUACCAUUGAAUAUUUUAAUUGAAUUUUAGUUUGUUACGCGCGUUUAAACGCGCGUUUUUAAUGGUACUUUUUAUACGUUUUAACGACAAUUAAGUAUUUAAUGGUAUAUUCGCAAAUCGCGAUGAUUGCUUGGUGAGAUGAGAACAUCACUGACUGUGUGAGAGGUAAUUCUUUGCAGUAGGUAACCUUUGUCCUCUACCUACUAAGUAUAUUGUUUUUAAUCAAGAUAUCGCGUAUAUCUUCUUCCUUUUUGAUUACUUAACAUUCAGAUUUUUAUGUCUUUCUUUCCCACUCGUGUGGGAUUUUACUUCUAUUAUUUUAUCUUUCUCUUUCAUCCUUUUUUUUGUAACGUGGUAUCAUCUUUAUUAUCAUUUUAUUGGAAUUUUUAUCAUUUUUAAAAUUUAUUUUACCUCGUAUUUUUAUAUAAUGUAUAUUUUUGAUUUGAUUCGCUUUCAUCAAAAUUUAUUCUUUCUGUAUAAUUUACGUAAAAUGUGUUUAAAAUUUUCGUUUCCCCUUUCUCCUCUAUUUUCCUUCAUCAUUGGUGUUAUAUGCGUUGUAAAUUUGCUAAGGUCCAUGUCGGUGUUAAGUUUGUGAAGAAAAUGAAAAAUCCAACUCGGAGGAUGAUGAUUUUUUUUUAAAUGUACGACGAGUGUUUGAAAUGCACGGAUUCAGUGAUGUGUUUUUAUGAGGUAAACGGUUAUAUGUAAAUGUUUUAAAGAUUUUCUCAAUUCUAUAAUAUUGAAAAUAUGAUCGUCAAUUAAGCGAAUGAAGAAAUAUAAUUCGAAUUGAAUACGACAGUAAAGACAUAAUAUCUGCAUUUAUUUUAAAAAAUAAUACGUUUACCCGUUAAAUGUUGCACUUUUAGUAUGUUAUGAAUUUUAUUUUUAUUUUAUAUUGUAUUAAGUUUAUAAUUUUUUUUCUUUUCUUUUUUUUCGGUUACAUUUACAAAUAAAUAGAAACAAAUUUUUUUGUUGCUUAGUAAUUGAAACGACAAUAUGAAUUUAUUUUGUAAAUGUACUUUUCAUGUAUUUUUAUACUCGAAUAUUUUAUAAAUUCUUCUUUUGUAAUUUGAUAUUUACGACUAGUCUGAUAAGAAUAUUUUGUGUUGUAUUUUAUUUUACUUUUUUUUAAUUUUUUUUUUUUUAAUUUCAACGAAUGUUUGGACCGAUACUGUAAAAGCUAAAAAAAGAUACAAUAAUAAUUCCGUGUACAAUAUCAUAAAACAAUAGUAAAAAGAAAAAAGGAAUUCCCGCCUGUGAUUUUUGUACGUGUUUGGCUUAUUUUUAGUAUAUUUGAUAAUGCAUUUAAGAAUUUUAUUUUUAGUUUGCCACCAUGUUAUCUUUUUAAGGGUUUUCAUUUUACGUGAUCUACCACCAUUUUGCCGUAAUUUAAAAUGUAAUCUCUACGCUAAUUAUUAUGGUUUAAUGAGUUGCAAGUUUGGAAACGUCGUGUCGCGUCAUGUCAGUCAUGUGCUUGUGAUGUAUGUAAAAUGAUAAUGCUGAGAAGUGAUGCUGUAUUAUGUUACUAUACUGUUUAUGCGUGUAAGGCUUGAACGAAUGCUUAUUUCGUGUAAUAUGUUUUAAUAAAAAAUUUUUGGUUAA